GUGGCCACAGCGCCGGAAGCGCCCGCGCAGACCCAGCGGGCCGCGCGCGCCGAGCAUGGCGGCCCCGGCUAAACGCUCGCGGGUUGUGGCGCCUGCGGGCAGCGGAGAGCACGACCCAGCCUCGGACCCAGACCCGGAUCCGGACCCGGACCCGGACCCGGACCCGGACCCGGUGGCCGGCUUCCUGCGCUGGUGCGGGCAGGUGGGACUGGAGCUGAGUCCCAAGGUGGCGGUGAGCCGGCAGGGCACGGUGGCCGGCUACGGCAUGGUGGCCCGGGAGAGCCUGCAGCCCGGGGAGCUGCUGUUCGCGGUGCCGCGCGCCGCGCUCCUGUCGCCGCGCACCUGCUCCAUCCGCGGCCUCCUGGAGCGAGAGCAAGGCGCACUACAGAGCCAGUCUGGCUGGGUGCCGCUGCUGCUGGCGCUGCUCCAUGAGCUGCAAGCCCCUGCCUCGCUGUGGAGCCCCUACUUAGCUCUCUGGCCCAAACUGGGCCAAUUGGAACACCCUAUGUUCUGGCCCGAAGAAGAACGCAAGAGACUGCUGCAGGGCACAGGGGUGCCUGAGGCCGUGGAGAAGGAUCUGUCCAACAUUCAAAGCGAGUACUGCUCCAUCGUGCUGCCCUUCAUGGAGGCUCACCCGGAUCUUUUUAGCCACAGGGUCCGCUCCCUGGAGCUCUACCGCCAGCUUGUGGCUCUUGUGAUGGCUUACAGCUUUCAGGAACCACUGGAGGAAGAUGAGGAUGAAAAGGAGCCAAAUUCCCCUUUGAUGGUGCCUGCUGCAGACAUACUAAAUCAUGUAGCCAAUCACAAUGCCAAUCUAGAAUACUCUCCAGAUUGUCUUCGGAUGGUAGCUACUCAGCCCAUUCCUAAAGGCCAUGAGAUUUUCAAUACUUAUGGUCAAAUGGCUAACUGGCAACUGAUUCAUAUGUACGGUUUUGUUGAACCAUAUCCAGACAAUACUGAUGACACGGCUGACAUUCAGAUGGUGACAGUUCGUGAAGCAGCAUUACAGGGGAUAAAAGUUGAAGCUGAAAGGCUCUUAUUACACGAACGCUGGGAUUUCUUAUGCAAACUGGAGAUGGUAGGGGAAGAGGGGGCAUUUGUGAUUGGGCGAAAAGAAGUGCUGACUGAUGAGGAACUGAUCACCACACUCAAGGUACUGUGCAUGUCUGCUGAAGAGUUCACAGAAUUUAAAGAUCACAGUGGAUGGGAAGAUAAGUGGGAAGAGGACAGCCUGAUGAUCACAAAUAUUCCCAGGCUCAAGGCAUCAUGGAAACAGCUUCUUCGGGAUAGUGUUUUGUUGACCCUGCAGACCUAUGCCACAGACUUAAAAACUGAACAAGAUUUACUCAGCAGUGAGGUCUAUGUUAAACUCAGCUGGAGGGAACAGCAAGCCUUACAGAUAGGAAGACAUCAGACAACCAAAGACUACUCCAGUACCUUAAUACCUAUGUGGUACAGGGACUUAAACCCAGGCUCCAUGAACAGCAUUUACCAUCAAGGCAGGUGUCCUACCUGGAGAACCUUAAUUACCCACCCAAGCCGCAACUGCUCUAUCUCAUAGAAUAAGACCUAUCAAAAAUUGCUUUUAACUCACUUUUCAAUUUCUGGGGCACAGUGUACAAAUUCAUGGUUCCAGAACUUAAACGCUGGAUUUUUAAUCAGCUCAAUGAAAGUAAUAAGAAGACCCCAAGGAUGUGGCCUAUUUACAAUCAACCGUUCCAAGAGAACCCUAGAGAGG